AUUAGUAAAUAAUAUACAUGUACAAUUCAAGCUUGGUAAGCAUAAAAUUUUAGUAUUUGCAUUUGCUUACCUUGCAACUUAUCAAAUUACAAUCAACGAGUAAAUCUACCAUUGCAAUUCUUUAUAUAUAAGAAAGUAUUUUUAAAAUGUCAGAACUUUAUAAAUGCACUUUGUCUGCUGAAGAUUAUUUAUAUGCUGAAGAAUAUUUGGGUGAAACCGAAUCAAUCCGGAAUGAUAGUAUCAGGGAAAUCCAAGAAUGGAUCCAAGACAACCCUCAUAUAAAAGCCAGAAACGAUCCAGUAUCAAUCUUACAUUUUUUAAGAGGCUGCAAAUUUGAUAUUCCUAAAACAAUAGCCAAAAUCAAGCAUUUCUACAUAGCCAGAUCUAAAAUAACAGAAUGGUACCAAAAUAGAGACCCUCAUUUGUGUGAAAUCCAAGAACUUAUUGAUUUAGGAGUGUUUUUACCUCUAAAAACAAAAGAUGCUCAUAAUAGAUUGAUUGUGGUAAUUAAAGCGGCUGCACACGAUCCCAAAAAGCAUUUACAAGAUGAUGUUUUUAAAAUCGGGCAAAUGAUUAUGGAUUUAGCUUUACAUUUGGAUGAAAGUGUAUCUGUAUAUGGAGUUGUUGCUAUUUUUGAUCUUGAGAAUGUUACUUUAGGGCAUGCCUUGCAGUUGCAUCCGGGGAUGAUUAAGAAGUUAGUUGAUAGUUGGAAAUUCUACCCAACAAUGGUGAAGAGACUGGAUUUUGUUAAUGCUCCCAGUUUUGUUAACAUCGUACUUGAUGUCUUUAUGAAAUUCAUGACCAAAAAGCUUCGUGAUCGAGUCACUGUCCACAGAACAGGUCUUUUAGACAUUCCAGGACUUCCUGAAGAAUGUGUCAAGAAUCCUAAAAUGUUUUUUAAAGAUUUAACAAAUUAUUGGAAAGAACAAUUAAACUUGUAUCGAGACUGGCUCAAAAACGAUAUGUCCACAAAUCAACAAACAUAA